ACGCGGCAGUUGUGCGGCCCUUUCCACCCUCUCUUAGCUCGACCGUGCGGUGUUAGCGGCAGCCGUCCAUCUCCUGUACCCCCCCGUUAGCCUUAGCGGACCGACAGCGCCGGCGCCUAGCAGACAUGGCUGAUCAGUUAACAGAAGAGCAGAUUGCUGAGUUCAAGGAGGCCUUCUCCCUUUUUGACAAGGAUGGGGAUGGAACAAUCACCACUAAGGAACUGGGCACUGUCAUGAGGUCACUGGGUCAAAACCCCACCGAGGCAGAACUCCAGGACAUGAUCAACGAGGUGGAUGCUGAUGGCAAUGGGACCAUUGACUUCCCAGAGUUUCUGACAAUGAUGGCGAGGAAGAUGAAGGACACAGACAGUGAGGAGGAGAUCAGGGAGGCCUUCAGGGUCUUCGAUAAGGACGGUAAUGGUUACAUCAGUGCAGCAGAGCUGCGUCACGUGAUGACCAAUCUCGGGGAAAAGCUAACAGACGAAGAGGUGGACGAGAUGAUCAGAGAAGCUGACAUUGACGGAGACGGACAGGUCAACUAUGAAGAGUUUGUCCAGAUGAUGACCGCCAAAUGAGGUGGCCCUCAAACACAAAGAAUCAGUCAAAUGUUUUACUUACCUCUUAUUGCAAAAAUCUACAUUUAUUCAUGCCGUUUCUGUAUAGAAAACUUAAACUGAAUGUUGAAAAACUAAAAAAUCUGUCCAUAUAAACGAGUUAAAAAAAAAAUUAAAAAUGCAAAAAAAGUAAAUGAAUCUGCAUGUACUGGCUUGUAUUCCCGCCCCCAGCCCUGAGCUGCCCAAUCAAAUUACUACUUGUUAGCUGAGCAGCCAAUCUGCAGCCAGAUAGUUUGGCAACUGUUCCCCUGCUUCCUGGUUCCAUCUGCGUGAUGUCAUGAUUAUUUGGGCUGGCCAAUCACCUUUCAUAUAUUAACUUCCUUUUUUUUCUGUUCUUCAUGCAUGCAGCUUGAGACAGGUUUAUUGCGGCAGCGCUGACAGCGGAAAACUGUCGGCGGUCCUCAAAAGACCUUAGGUUGUGGAGAGGGAGGGAAGGGAGGGGUAGUGGGGAAUGGUUGAGGCUCUGCAGGGAGAAAGAGCGAGAGAACGAGAUGGGAGUGAAUGAACCAGUGAAAUCUUUGCAGUUUGCUUGUCUAAAUGAACUAAAUGACAGAUAUUUUUAAGAAAACGUUUCGAUUAAAUAAAAAAAAAAACUCAUUUUAGAUUCUAUGUGUCUGGCAUGUCAGAAUACUUGCUCUAUUCUUUGAUCUUGUGUGUUUACCUUUUUUUGGCGGGGGGGAGGGGUGAAGUUGGGUGGGGGGCUGGAUUAUUAGCCCCUUGGCAGGUGGGUGACUUCUAGACUGUCGGAGGGAAUUGGGUAGGCCCAGAGCUGACACUAAGGUGAUUUUUGAGGCAGUAUAAGUGGUCAGUAUUGCUUUCAACCAGGUAGUCGAUUGAAAACUGAGUUGGAAAAAAAAAACACAACCUUACAGCACAUGUAGACUGAAGAGAACAGAAGUCACAGAUGAAUUGUGGAUGUUUCUAUUUAUAAAGGAAAUGUUUCCGUCCGCAUGUAUUGCCUCAAACGUUGCCUGUGUGUCAUAAUUUUACAGGGUGUUGAUUUCAGUUUAGUGGGCACGGGGCCGGUGCUUUGCAGCGUUUCUAUGUGUGUGUGUGUGCGUGUGUAUGUGUGCGUGCGUGCGUGGAUGUGUGUGCGGGGGGCAAGGCCCGGCCCAGUCCAACUGUUCUGUUCAGUUCAGUUGAUCUGCAUUCCAAGUUGUACAUGCUAGUCUUUACAUUUUGUUUUUCCAAUAAAACAUCAUGAAUUAA